CCAUUCCUGCUGCCGUUUUUGGUGCUCAUUCCCUAGCACUGGCAUCUCCUACACUGCUGGAGUUCCUUACCGCAGGUGGGCUUCUCUUGAGCUCUCCCGGGUGCCAGCCCUGCCACACAGUGCCCAACCUUAGCUGUGCUCCGCGACCCCCUUAAUCCUUCAACCCCGGUACUGCGUGGGUGACUCUUACCCCACUAAGUUCAGCUUCCAGCAUGACAUAGAGUCUUGGCCAUCUCUGGAGCACAGCUUCUGUGUGCUGACUCCGAGCAAACACGUCCCAGAUUUUACCUCAGUGAUCCUGGCCUUGUCUUCAUCACAGCUGAUUCUUCACCCCCAGAUGACCAGCAUCCAUUAUCCCAGGAGCGGACCCUAAGUCAAGGAGCACCAGUAACUUACCUGAGAACAACUUCAGCAAAUACCAGUAAAGAAAGAAGAAAGCCAAGAGAGCUGAACGCAGGGUUUCUUUGUGCACCCUUGACUGUCCUGGAACCCACUACAUAGACUAGGCUAGUGUUGACCUGUGAGACUUCUGCUGGGAUUAAAGGAUGCUGCCCAUCACGGACUACCUGCUGCACCUGCUGGGGCUGGAGAAGACGGCCUUCCGAGUGUAUGCUGUGUCAGCCCUGCUGCUAUCCCUCCUCUUCUUCCUCUUCCGCCUGCUGCUGCAGGGAUUCAGAUUGUGCUGGGACUUCCGCACCACCUGCCGCAGGCUAAGCUGCUUUCCAGAGCCUCCUGGCCGCCACUGGCUGCUGGGCCAUAUAAGCAUGUAUCUCCCCAAUGAGAAAGGCCUUCAGAACGAGAAGAAAGUGCUGGAUUCCAUGCACCACAUUGUCCUAGCAUGGGUUGGACCCUUCCUGCCUCUCUUGGUGCUUGUCCAUCCUGAUUACAUCAAGCCUGUGUUGGGUGCCUCAGCUGCCAUUGCACCCAAGGAUGAGUUUUUCUAUAGCUUCCUGAAGCCUUGGUUAGGGGAUGGACUUUUGAUCAGCAAAGGGAGCAAGUGGAGCCGGCACCGCCGCCUGCUCACGCCUGCAUUCCACUUUGAUAUCCUGAAACCCUACAUGAAGAUUUUCAACCAGUCCACGAACAUCAUGCACGCUAAAUGGCGGCGGCAUCUGGCAGGCGGCUCAAUGGCCUCCUUCGACAUGUUUGAACACAUCAGCCUCAUGACCCUGGACAGCCUUCAGAAAUGUGUGUUCAGUUACAACAGCGACUGCCAGGAGAGAAUGAGCGAUUACAUCUCUUCCAUUAUCGAGCUGAGCGCUCUGGUCGUGCGGCGCCAAUACCGCCUGCAUCACUACGUGGAUUUCAUCUACUACUACCUCACGGCCGACGGGCGGCGCUUCCGCCGGGCCUGCGACACGGUGCACAACUUCACCACCGAGGUCAUCCAGGAGCGGCGGCGAGCGCUGCGCGAGCAGGGCGCCGAGGCGUGGCUGAAGGCCAAGCAAGGCAAGACCUUGGACUUCAUUGACGUGCUCCUGCUGGCCAAGGAUGAAGAUGGAAAAGAAUUAUCUGAUGAGGACAUCCGGGCUGAGGCAGAUACUUUCAUGUUUGAAGGUCAUGACACGACAUCUAGUGGGCUGUCGUGGGCGCUGUUCAACCUGGCGAAGCAUCCGGAGUACCAGGAGAAGUGCCGGGAAGAGAUCCAGGAAGUGAUGAAAGGCCGAGAGCUGGAAGAGCUGGACUGGGACGACCUGACCCAGUUGCCCUUCACCACCAUGUGUAUUAAGGAGAGCCUUCGCCAGUUUCCACCUGUGACCCUCAUUUCCCGUCGCUGCACCGAGGACAUCAAGCUGCCAGACGGGCGCAUCAUUCCCAAAGGAAUUAUCUGCUUGGUCAGCAUCUAUGGGACCCACCACAACCCCACAGUGUGGCCUGACUCUAAGGAGUACAAUCCUUACCGCUUUGACCCGGACACCCCACAGCAGCGCUCCCCACUGGCCUUCGUGCCUUUCUCAGCAGGUCCCAGGAACUGCAUCGGGCAGAGCUUCGCCAUGGCAGAGAUGCGAGUGGUCGUGGCGCUGACACUGCUCCGCUUCCGUCUGAGCGUGGAUCGAACCCGCAAGGUGCGGCGGAAGCCGGAGCUCAUUCUGCGCACGGAGAACGGCAUUUGGCUCAACGUGGAGCCGCUACCUCCUCGGGCCUGAACGAGCCGAAGCUCCGCGGAUCCCGGGGUCCAGGCUCCGCCCACCCAGGCCAAGACCACGCCUCCAAAGGCCUGGAUCCGCCUCCAAGCUGUUGAGGGCGUAGACCAUGCUACUCGAAAGAAAGUACGGGAGGACGAAGCUUUUGGAGGGGCAUCUUGUUGGUGCUAACUUCGCCCCUCAGGACAAGGCCCCACCCCCUAGUGCCUGAUUCCACCCCUUGAGGUCAAAGUCAUGCUUUGAACUACCCUCACCUGCCCUUCUGUGUCAGGGAAUCAUGCUAGGCCCCGCCCAGUCGUGUCUGGGCCACGCCCCCAAGAUAAAAAAAGAUUGCCCUGCCCCUGAGGAUUCGGUUCCUAGGCCCAGCCGGUAGAAACCUCCUCAGGCUCACCGCUGGGUCUGGAUCCUUAGCUUCUAAACUGAGGAUUUAGAAGCUGGAGCCUGAGGUUGCAGCCCUGAAUCUUCAACAUUACCUUUCCGAGACCCACAGAUAGGUAGAAGGACUGACUGUUCAAGCCGAGGGUCAGGAUUUAGUGUUUACUUCGUUGUUUCGUGAACCUGGACUCUUGAAAGCACCUUCCUCCUUAGUCACCGUCCCUCUGCUGGAGUUUUCUCAAUUUCAAGAGUGAGAGUAAAAGCAAGAGGAUACAGACACCUUCCUCCUUCUCCCGUCAUCCCAGAUCUGGAGGUGGGGAGGUGGGCCCUCGGCAGUUGGGAAGCAACUGGGGCCAAGUCGUUUGUUCUGGAAGUAAACUCGGAUUUUCGGGGA